AUGCCCGCGACAUGCGAAGCCUCCUCUCUAGUGGCCCUCCUAGUGCAGCGAUGCGCAUCAACCACCAACCUGAGAAAAGCGCGCCAACUCCACGGCCUCAUCCUAACCUCUUUGCCCACCAUCACUCCUUCGCCAUAUGUGAACAACAAUAUCCUCUCCAUGUAUGCAAGGUGUGGCUCCAUUGGGGACGCCUGCCAGCUGUUCGACAAAAUGCCUCACCGAAGCAUUGUUUCCUUCAAUGCACUCAUUUCAGCCUUUUCGCGUGGCUCCCUUCAUGCCAUUUCUGCCUUCAAUCUGUUCCAUCAAUUGGAAAUAGAAGGCCUUCGCCCAAAUGGUUCCACAUACACCAGCCUCUUACAAGCGUCCUCUCUGCUUGAAAAAUGCACUCCUGGCUCCAUGCUUCAUGCUCGACUUGUAAAGUCUGGAUUUGCAGGAGAUACUUGUGUCCAGACCUCAUUACUUGGGAUGUAUUCGAAUUGUGGGGAUUUGGAAUCUGCAGAAAAUAUUUUCAACCCUAUGGUUGACAAAGAUGCGGUGGCUUGGAAUUCAAUGAUUUUAGGCUACAUGAAAAACGAGAACAUAGCAAGUGGUCUUCAAUUAUAUGGGAGCAUGGUGAGGAGUUCUACACUUCCUACCCAAUUCACAUAUUCAAUGAUCUUAAUUGCUUGUAGUAGACAAAUAGAUCUUGUCUCUGGGAAAGCUGUCCAUGCUCAGUUGGUUGCAUGCGUCUUCAGGAGAAUAGAAUACCCCGAUUUGGUUUCAUGGAACUCAAUGAUAUCUGGGUAUUCAGAGAAUGGGCUGGCACAGGAAGCCAUGGAAAUGUUUGUUCAGUUUCAACGAAUCUCAUCUUUUAAACCAGAUCAAUACACAUUCGCAGCCAUUAUUUCUGCAACAGCAACAAGCCCAUAUUCUAAUUAUGGAAAACCGCUUCAAGCGCAAGUUAUCAAAGCAGGUUAUGAAAGGAGUGUCCAUGUAGGAAGCACAUUAAUUUCAAUGUAUUUCAACAAUAAAGAAACUGGCUGUGCACAAAAAGUUUUCAGUUCAAUUUUGGAGAAGGAUACUGUUCUAUGGACAGAUAUGAUUUCGGGUCAUUGUAGAAUGGCUGAUGGAGAGAAUGCAGUCAAAUUCUUCCAUUUAAUGCGUAGGGAAGGCCUAAAGGUCGACAGUUUUGCUCUUAGUAGCACUUUAAGUGCCUGUGCCGACCUUGUAAUUCUGAAACAAGGCGAGAUGAUUCAUUGCCUUGCUAUAAAAACAGGUUAUGAUUUUGAAAUAUCUGUAUGCGGCAGUCUAAUAGAUAUGUAUGCCAAAAAUGGGGAGCUUCAGGCAGCUGAAUCAAUAAUUUCCACGGUCUCAUCCCCAGAUUUGAAGUGCUGGAAUGCGAUGCUUGGAGGAUAUGGACACCAUGGGAAGGCCGUGGAAGCAAUGAAGGUGUUUGAUGAGAUAUUGAAAAACAAUCUCAGUCCAGAUAAGGUAACGUUUAUUUCUCUUCUCAGUGCCUGUAGCCACGAUGGGUGGGUAGACAAAGGAAAACUUCUCUGGAAUUGCAUGAAAGAAAAUGGGUUGAGACCAGGGCCGAAGCACUACUCUUGCAUGGUAAGUUUGUUAAGUCGAGCAGGACUUCUAGAGGAAGCAGAGAGGAUGAUUGUUGAUUCACCCUUUAGUGAAGAUAAUGUUGACUUGUGGAAAGCGUUGUUAAGUUCAUGCAUCACUCACAAGAAUUUUGAAAUGGGGGUUCGCGCUGCUGAACAGGUUCUAGAUGUAGAUGGAGAUGAUUGCGCUACACAUGUAUUGCUUAGCAAUCUUUAUGCAGCUGCAGGGAAAUGGGGCGAUGUCAUAAGAACGAGGAGAAAGAUGAAACAUCUUGUGUUGGAAAAAGAUCCUGGUCUAAGCUGGAUUGAAGUUAUGAAUGAGAUCCAUGUGUUCUGUUCUGGGGAUCAAUCACACCCAAUGAUGAAAGAAAUGCACACUGAACUGCUUAGCAUAAAAGGAAACAUGAAAUCAAAAGUUGAUAGAAAUUUCACACUAUAA